AUGGCAUCGGCAUGGGGCACGGGCAGUGGCGACGGCGCUACCCCUGGCAGUCGCCGCAAGAAGGCGUAUGAGUGGUUCAAAGCGGCAAAUGAAGUUGGCCAGUCUUAUGCGUCGCGGUGGACUAGCCAGCGGGGCGAUCCCCAGCAGGACUAUUACCAUACACCGGGGGCAUUCCCAGAUGUGGAGAUCGCACGAUCCGGCGACGAGGAGAUGGUACUGUUUCCCAGCUACGCGAGACACUUGAGACCCAAGAAGAAGGUUGAGACUGGCGGGCGCCAACGACGCGACUCGUGGUCGGAGACUAUCGAUGAGUACCGCGGUCUCUCGGAAAAGAGCAAGCCUACAGGGGAUAGCUGGGAAGACCCUAACCUCGAGAACGCGGUUGUCGAUGUUGACGUGCGUGGGUGGAUAUAUGCGCCUAGUCGGGGUCCGAUGAGCCGCAAGCAUCGUCUGAUGGUCAAGCUGGCGAGAACGCUCAGCGGUAUCCCGGCUCCGUCCGGGGCAUCGGCCGACGAGAGCUCUGAACGGUUGCCUAGCAAGGGCGAGGAUGAGUUGGUGGAUAAACAGAUGCAGACUCUGGUGGACAAGGCGGAGAACGAGGCGGAUGAAGCCUGGAAGAGCUCCAAUGGCGACCGGGCAAGGGCGGGCGCCGGCACCGGCCAAGUCGCGUCCAUGACCAAAGACGAAAUAUCCAUGGCCAAUGCGCAUCUGAUGGAGAGGCUGCGUUCGUUCCUGACAAACCCCAUGGCCGGCAUGCCGGUGACAGUGUUCUUUUUCAAUGAUGAGCAGAGCGAAUCCCGGAACCUUCUGACCGACGAAUCGGGGCAUUUUAGUAUCCGCGCUGCCAUGCCAUUCGCCCCGACUCAUAUCCGGGUCCUCGCUUCAGAGGACCUGUCUGCCGCGAAGCCGAUCGAUAUCAUCGAGCCGGUGGGCAUCAGUCUGAUUAGUGACAUCGACGAUACCGUGAAACACUCCGCCAUUGCCAGUGGCGCAAAGGAGAUGUUCCGAAACACAUUCGUCCGUGAGCUUGCCGAGUUGACUGUUGACGGCGUCAGCGAGUGGUAUACCCAGGUGGCCAAGCAAGGCGUGGAAAUCCACUAUGUCUCCAAUGCGCCGUGGCAACUAUAUCCGCUUCUGGACCGAUACUUCAAGUUGGUCGGCCUGCCGCCGGGCUCUUUCCAUCUCAAGCAGUAUACAGGUAUGCUGCAAGGCAUUUUUGAACCAACCGCAGAGCGCAAACGGGGUUCCCUGGAACAGAUUAUGCGGGAUUUCCCCUCACGCAAGUUCAUCCUCGUGGGCGACAGCGGCGAGGCUGAUCUGGAGGUCUACACCGAUAUCGCGCUGGCAAACCCCGGCCGCAUUCUGGGCAUUUUCAUCCGUGAUGUUACGACCGCAGACAACAAGCCAUUUUUCGAUCAAUCUGUUGGCCACCUGGGAUCAGCAUCUGGUCGUAGCCAUAGCACUCCCCAGCUUGCCGCCCAUUCGGACGCUCUUGUCAACAGACCGACACUGCCACCUCGUCGGCCACUGGCGCCUCCGCCCCCCAUCGAUUCGAAGCAUCUUGAUAAUGAGGACCUGAUCGACCUACGAGACGAGGACGCGAAGGAUACUGUUCCCGAGAUUCCCACGGCAACGAAACCACGGGCCCCUCCUACCAAGCCGACAAAGCCCUCUUCGCUACGGACGACGUCUGGAGUAGCCGAUGUGACCGACCCUGCGAUGAAACAUGACACAGUAUCGACGCAAGAGGCGAUUCGCCGUAAACCAGUCCCUCCUUUGCCGCCUCGACGCUCAUCGACGGCUAAGGCAGAUCCAUUGCUCGACCUGGAUCCAUCCCCGAUCACUCGCACUCGCACGGAGCCCCUUACUAGCGAAGGCAACCCAGCAGGACUACCAGCGCGCUCCAAAGCGCCGCCUCCAAUCCCGCCUCCACGACGCUCCCACACCUCUUCCACCAUCGGGUCUGCAUCCAGCGGAGCCUCCACCCCGCGACUUGCAGCACCAGGUGCCAAACAAUCAUACCCGGCUGCCGCCUCAGCCGCGGCCCAAGCAGCUCUCAAUUACGCCACAGAUCGACUCAAUCUUUCUGCUUCCUCCGCGCCGGGCCUGCGCACAUCUGCAUCCAAUCAAUCCCUCGGGCGGCCAUCCACGAGCAGCUACAACAGCUACGGCGUGAGCGAUCCCCUCCCAACUAAACGCGAAGAGCUCUGGCGCCGUCGCUGGGAGCGCGCGACCGAGAUCCUCGAGCAGAGGGGCGUUGUCCUGGGAAGUUGGCGCAUUGGGUCUGAUGCACAGCCUGUCUGUCUGUGGCUGAUUAAGGAGGCGAUGCAGGAGAUUCGGGUGAAUCGGGCGCAGGCGGGCGCAGGACGCCGGCCGUAG